GGGCGCCUCUGGAAUAGCAGGCCAGCUAGCCAGCCAGGCAGCCACCUAGCCAGUGCCGUUCGAAAGCUCAGAGGGAACGGUCGUGUGUGUUUUUCCUGGUCGCUUGAUCGAAACAUUUUCAUUCCACUUUCCACGGAAACUCGACAAACGUGUGGUUAUCUGUGUCCUAAUUCGAAUUUGUCUCCUAUCUAGGAUCAAGCUGCUCCGAGGUAUAUAACGAAGAAAGCGCUGUAAAUAUAAAGGAGAAGAAACAAGUAACGAAGAAGUUUAAACAGUGGAAAUUUAGUACAUGUUUGCUCAGCAGAAAGCCCGUAGAUGGUUUAUGUACCCAAAAUGAUGAUGGAUGGUCGGGACGAAAUUUGAAUAGCGUAACUAUUUCGUGAAAGAAUUUAAUGCGAUGUUAGAUAUUUGCUCAUUACGAAUCAAGUCAGUAGAAGAACGUAUAAAGUAAAGAAAAUAUUGUAAAACUUUAUUACUUUUGAAUACGUUACUUUUGGCAUUUUUAAAGGCAAGAGUGGUUAUUCAUACAAACACGGACUUGGAGAUAGAGCAUUUUCUCUUAUUGCGCUGCAAGUUCUUUGCAUAAUCUUGUUUAUUUAGUGUGGAGAAAAGGAAAUAAACUUACAGGAAUAUAUAUAAACAAUAAACAAUUACCUCGAUUUCCUUAUGCUAAGUGUGAAAAUAAUUAAGCACUCAGAUACUCAGGUGUCAUAAGUCUGUGAGUUCUCAAAUCUACGAAAAAAAAAGUCCAGUUUUUUCUUAGACGUUUAGAACUUCACACGUGUGUUUAUGAACCAUUAAAGACCUUAUCUCCUUCAGGACGACAUUUCAAGACUUGAAAGGCUACAAUACACUCUAGCCCUUAUCUCAAGACAAAUAAGAUAAUGAAAAGUCUGAUUAUUUUAGAUUCGUAGGAGAGCUUCACAGGUGUUAGUAUCAGCCAGCAUAGAACUUAUCCCCUUCAAGACUUUGUCAGACUGAAAGGCUGACGUAAAGUCUAGCCCCGUUCUCAAAGCUCAAAAAACUACAAAAAGUCCUUUUUUUUCUAAUAUAGACUUUUAGUAGAGCUGGACGUGUGUAUGUUUGUAAGUAAUAACAAUCACAGACCUUGUCCAAUUCAAGACUUUAUAAGACUGAAAGGCUGACGUCAAUUCUAGCCCAGUUCUCAAGGCUAAAAUAAGAUAACAAUAAGUCUUGGAAAAGAAACAAUAACCCAGCAAAGACUUUAUCCCCCAUCAAGACAUCUUCCGAGACUUAAAGACUGAAAAGUUUGACGACGACCACGAAAGGAGUUCCUAAAAAAAAAAAAAAAAAAAUCCGAACCUGCCCAAAAGCUGGAGUUGGUCGCUGACGACCAAUUAACACCUACUCUUCCGCCCACCAACGCCCAUCCAGACGUCCAGGAAACUUUUUUUUUUGGGGGGAGUGGCGUAAGAGGAAGGUCCUAAAUUAGAUGGCGCCUAAAAUGAUGUCCUUAGCCCACAGCUUCUACUGCUGCUGUUUCUGCUACUUCGUCGGGGUAUUCCUCGUCAGAGGUACGUUGGCCUAUGACCCAGAAUCCAGCAUUACGGGACUCUACACGGGUCCAUAUUUCGACCCCCUGGCUAAAAGGAACCUCAGUGCUCAUCUGGGGGAGAGGGCCACCCUCCCAUGCACCGUCAGACAACUGGGAGAUAAAUCAGUCUCCUGGGUGAGGAUGAGAGACGCAGACAUCCUGACGGUGGACAGGUACACCUUCGUCGGAGACGAGAGGUUCGAGUCCCACUUCUCCGAGACUAGGGAGACCUGGAGUCUCAUCAUCAAGUACGUCCAGGAGAGGGAUGCUGGACUCUACGAGUGCCAGGUUUCGACUGAGCCCAAGAUGAGCCAACUCUUCAAUCUCCGAGUCGUUGUUCCCAAAGUCGAAAUCAUCCCGCCAGGGGACAGAUACAUGAAGGCCGGGAGCAGGGUCCAGAUCGAUUGCCACAUAAAGAAUGUGGUCAUGUUGCCAGACUACAUAUUCUGGUACCAUGGGGAUGUCAGGCUUAUGGAGAACAAGGAAACCAAUAUACUGGUGACAGUGAAACGUACAGGACCCGAGGCUAUAACAUCGACCCUCACGAUUCUGGAAGUUCCAGCAGAAGCCACUGGAAACUACACUUGCAUGCCCUCGAACCUCCACGCGUCCUCUGUCAAUCUCCACGUCCUGAACGAGAAAAACCCAGAGGCUAUGCAGGGCGAACGUAACAAUUCAUCAAAGCUAAGUGGACCAAGCUGCUAUCAACUGCUGUUCAUGCUCUUCUUAGUCCUUCUGAAGUUCGAAUCCGCCUCUCUGUCGGAGCUGGUGGAGGAAAUAGAGCUGAAAUUCAAACCACAGGGAAGCAAGUCUUCCCAGAAGGGCGCAAAGCAAUCCUCGGUAGUGGGUAAUACAGAUAUCAUGUUAUCCCCAAAGAGAGCUAUGCUAAUCUCCUUGGGAAUAUUUUCACCUGAUGCUAACUUUCUCUCCUGUUUUCCGAGACUUUCCCUUUUCCCUUUCUCUUCUGGGAGGGAUGCCAAGUCCUAUUUGGGGAAAUCUUCACUCCCUAAGUACUUUCUCUUGAGGGAAAGCGAUGCUCAAAUGCUCACCCUCUCAAACGGCAAACCAGAUCACGACACUGCUCCCCGCGUAGAAAACGGGAAUGGACUAUGUGACGAUACGUCAUCCGCCAUGGACGUGAGUGGCUGAUCGGCGCCCUCGCUCCACGGAACAUCCGCUGAUUAUCCUUCAAAGGACUUCAGUUGGAUCGAAGUCCUCCGGGAUCACCUGACCCACAUGGUCUUCUUCGGCGAAGAGUUUUGACACUGCGGACGAAGGGAACUCUUCGUCAAAAUUCAUUCAUGUGCAUUUUUGUUUUUCUACAAGACGAAACCUUUCACUGGGGGAAAGGUGGCCCCUCUCUGGUCACGAAAGCUUAUAAGGAGAAAGCUGACGAAGGGGAAAGCAAGGAGAGAAAGGAAGAGCCAAUGCAUAAACUAAGAAUAAAAGGAGUCCAGUACAUGUGAUCGAUGUUUUCCAAAAAAAUAUAUUAUUAAAACUAAAUAAAAAAAAAUACUAACUAUAUACUCGUAUAUGACGAAUUCUUGUAUAUAUGUACAUUUAAAUAGGAGAUUAUUCCUUGUGUAUGCCCAUGGAUUCAAUGAUUAAAAAUAAAGACACCCUAACUGUAUAGUAGGUGUUGUGAUUAUUGUCCUUGAGAAAUCUUACUUUAUAAAG